AUGUACCGUCUGUUUUUGGUACUGUGUUUGUGUUACGGUUUGCCGGGCUAUGCGUCUUCGGAGGAAACAACCACAUCAGUGUACGAACAUUGCGGCAAUCUGCAGCAACAGGAAAACAUUCAAAUUAAAUUGAUAACUGGUACGUGGUAUGUAAUUGAAAUCCUACAACAUAAAACAAACGAUAAACUAUAUAAUGGAGAGAAAUUUGAAGUACCCACUUGUCCUUCUGUUUUUCUAACACUUGCUGGUUCUGAUACUGAUCUCAAAUUGUACUGGAAUGAAGAUACAGGCGACCUUGAAUAUCUGUUCAAAAUUAAAGACCAAUCAUCUCCAGGAUUCUGGCUGUCGUCUGGAUCACAAAAUGGCACCCUAGUGCAGGUGACCACCUACGACCAGUUCGCGGGCAUGGUGUACGUCCGGAAGGCGAUAAGCAAUCACAUGGUGUUGACGUUCUGCUCGCCGAACACGCAGCUCUACAGCGUAGUGUUGGCCAGGGACAAGACGCUGGACGCCAAGGAACUGAAGAGCAUCGUGAACCACAUGCACCUGCAAAAGUUGCCCAUCACGCAGACGAAACGCACGUGUCGCAGUUCGGCGUCUACGGCCCGGGCUACCGCUUGGAUGACCACCGCGUUCUGCUUGAUGUACCUGGCGUGGUACCUGCGCGUCCACAAAUAG